AUGGAGGCUCACGGGCCUGGUUGGACUUCUGCUGCCGGAAGCCUAACACCAGAGGUCGUUCGAGAUGCAUGCCAGCGCGCCGUAGAUCAAGCCGGCGAAGACAACGGACCAUACAAGGUCCGACUGGCUCUCGCUCCCGACGGCACAUUGGACGCCUCCGCCACUCGCGUCCCUCCUCUUGCAAGUCCCAGCGAUCCCUUUCGUAUAGCAGCAUUGUCUCCACUUUCCAACGAUUUUGCAACAUACCAGCAUCCGCCACUUACGCUGCACCUCACUCCACCAUCAGACCCAACAGUCCCUUCACUCUACACGCGUACCAAGACUACUCAUCGCACACCAUACGACAUUGCGCGAGCACGCGCCGGCGUUACCUUGGGCGCACCGACAGACGUACUUCUUUUCGACGAACAGGAUCGAUUGAUGGAAGCGAGCAUUCGCAAUGUUGCUUUGUGGCGCGACAACCGCUGGCUUACUCCAGCCGACGAAGUUGGGUGCUUACCGGGCGUGGCGAGACGAUGGUUGCUCAAGCAUGGGUGUAUUGAGGAGGAUGCACAAGCAGUACUAAAGCGAGAUACUCUACGCGACGGAGAGAUCGUGCUCACUUUCAAUGGGGUGGAGGGAUGUCGAUAUGGUCAUAUCAAAAAGGGGUCACCAAUUGCCAUGUGA